CAGCACGCAGCCUGCCUUGUAGACAUCCUUCGCCAUAGCUUGACCACCGAGGCUCUGCUGAGACCGCACGUCGCCUAUCGAGCGCGACUCGCCAGCGGUGUGAUAUCAGACGCCACAAAAUGCAGUAGACAGGCGCGCAAGGGAAGACAUGCCUCCCUCCAACACGCCGAACGGCUCGAAUCCGCGGAGUCCAGUCAGUGGGGACAGCGCUGGAUCAACACCGCCUCCACCACUCGAGCCCGCCCACCGUCCGCUCACCCCGCUCUCGUACUUUUCGUCGCCUGUCCCAGAUCUGGCAUCGACCUUGCAUACAUCGGCAGCCGAGGACGCCGACGAGGCAAAUGUGAGCUUCUUACGAGACUCGCUGGAGUCGCUGGACCGCGCAGAGGAGACCACAGCCAACAGAGGGCCUACACAUCGACGGGGCCAGUCGCAUAAUGAUCUGAGUCGGGAUCCACGGAUAGCAAAUAGGUUGGCACAGGCACGGCACUUGGAGGCGCAAAACAGAAGUGAUAGUGAGGACUUGUCGCGCCGGUUGAGGCUGCAGAGAGUGCUGGCUCGACUGAAUCAAAUCCACGACCCGACCACGAACAGCACAUCUUCUGCCGCAGCAUACAGUAAUCGCACGCCUUCUCCGGGCAGAAACGAUCAGUACGACUGGGCACCGUCUCACGAGGCUACAACGAAUGCUGCCAGCCAGGACGAGAACGAGCUGGACCAGAUCCUAGCGGAAUUACGACGGCAGCCGUCAAGCGCAAACUCGUCUUCAGACGCUGCGCGCCUGAUCAGCCAGAGCGAGAGUCGCACGAGGGAGCGCAAUCGUGACUCUCAUGCGCCGUCGAGCACGGAUCUACUCGAUGCGGCUGCAGGAGGAGAUCGUCAACGGAGGAGUCUUAGAAGUAGGGCAGUUCUGCAACGUGCGAGACAGGAGAGCUCUCCGAGCGCGACGGAAAGGAUCUUAAGAUAUGCUAUGGAACGACGAGGGACUGAAAUGAGUGAAGAAGAGGAGAGGGCACGAGCUGCUGGGUGGUUCAAUCCUGCUCCUGCCGCGGGCAGUAAUCGCACAUCUGGCGAUCAACAUCGCAGUGGAACGUCUGAUCGAGAUUCUUGGCCGCUACCUCCUUCAGCUAACGAGCUUCGCUCACGAACAAUGCAAGAACGGGCAGAAGCCAUGCAACGCAGAUAUGGUGAGAAUGCGCCACCACGACUGCCUCGGAUAUCGACGCCUCCUGUGCCUGCGAGCGCGACAUCUUCGAGCAAUGCGCAAUUUCUGGAGAAUGCGCUACGAUAUUUGGACCAGCUGCGGUUCUGUUAUAGCUACGAACAAGCUCUCUCAGCAGCGAUCGAUCAUGGCUUGGCAACCAAGGAGUUCUUUGCAGAUAAGCAUGACGACUUUGUGAUGGACCUGUCAGAAAUCGAACCUGUUGCUGGGUCUUCAUGGCUGCAACCUGGCACAAUAUUCGAAGGACAUCAGCAUGCGACUAACGGAAAUGCUGCUCUCCUCGCUACCCGAGCAGGUGCUUCGUCCAGAGCUGUUGAGCAGAUCAACCCCAACUUCCGGACUCAAGGUACGGCGACCGGCUUCGAUCAUCCUCCAGGUUCCACACGUUGGGUUGAACAUCCCAUUGCGCCAUUUCAAAGCCUCGCUGGUUUAAGUGGUUCGAGCCAACCAUCGGCCAUGCUAUUGAGCAGCAGCAAAAUCGCUGACGCUGCUCACGACCACUGGCCUGUUCGUGUCAUCAUCCACUCCAUAGAUACCGAUCGCAUGACACUCCAAGGCACCAUGGAAGCCUAUGAUGUGCCGCAACAUCCCCACAGCCUCAGUAUCACGAAUUCAGCCGACCGUCCCAAAGCGGGCAAGAAGAACGCACCCAUCACGACAUAUCUCGAAGGACACAUCAUCGAUCUCGACACACACAGCUUUCUGACGCCAAAUACCACCAAAGACCCUCAUCGACGAAACUCACCACUUACAGACCCGAACAACUCAACUCACUACACACACCUUUCCGACUCUAUUGCCUUCCCUAGCGCGAAUGAAAAGACCGACGCCAGCAACUGGCGUAAGCUGCCGCCUUUCAACGAAUAUCCCAGCGACGAAGAAACUGCUCGGGUGUUACUGAGUAAAGACCGCAUGUCAGAUGUUGGCAGAGAUUACAUUUUCAUGCGAUGGAAGGAACGUUGCUUCGUGCACGGCAAAGGGGACACUUGUUCGGAAAGUGAACGGCAGGGAGAUCAGGAUCGGGGUCAUGGGUUGACGAUUAGUGGGUUCUAUUAUGUCAGUUUGAGACGAGCUGAUGGAGUCGUGGAAGGGUUGUACUUCGAUCCCACGAGUACGCCGUACCAGUGCUUGAGGUUGAAGGGGAGAGGGACUGGAUGGGGCGCUGUGGAGUUGAGGUGAUUUUGACAUGUCGAAUGAUUGGGGAUUAGGAUAUGAGGGAUGGCAUGGAACCUUGAGUCGCUCGGUGUUGGUUGCAUUUGCAUUUUGCAUUGUUACUGUCUGGAUAUGUGAUGUGAUAACUAGUGAGGUAUUGGUAAACUCCGAUCCCAAGGAUGAGUUUCCACUUCGUCGACAGGCCCAAUCUCUUUUUCGAUAUCAUCUCUGGUGUCGGGCAGAGAGGCUGCAGUCUCUGCUGAACACUAACUACAUGAGCUCUACAAUGACUUCUCUCGUCCGAUAGCAUUCGCUCCGAGCAUCUUUCUCUUUGCUUCAAC